AUGGAGCUGCUGUCCCGAGUCCUGCUCUGGAAACUUAUACUUCUGCAGGGUACUGCUGUCCUGGUAUCCUCAGGGUCCUCAGGGCUGGCGACCGCUGGCAGCUCCGUGGUAUCCGAGGCAGUCGUGAGCUGGGCGGCAGGCACUGGGGCCGUGCUGCGCUGCCAGAGCCCGCGCAUGGUGUGGACCCAAGACCGGCUGCACGACCGCCAGCGUGUGGUCCACUGGGACCUCAGCGGCGGCAGCCACGGCCCCGCGCGGCGGCUCGUGGACAUGUACUCAGCAGGCGAUCAGCGCGUGUACGAGCCGCGCGACCGUGGCCGCCUCUUCCUGUCGCUUUCGGCUUUCCAUGAUGGCAACUUUUCGCUGCUCAUCCGUGCGGCGGAGGAGACAGACGCUGGUCUGUACACCUGUAACCUACACCAUCAUUACUGCCACCUCUACGAGAGCCUAGCCAUCCGCCUGGAGGUCACUGAUGACCCCCUGGCCGCUGGUGCGCACUGGGACGGUGAGAAGGAGGUGCUGGCGGUGGUGCGCGGUGCGCCAGCGUUGCUGACUUGCGUGAACCGCGCGCACGUGUGGACUGAUCGGCACCUGGAGGAGGCGCAGCAGGUGGUGCACUGGGACCGGCAACCGCCCGGGGUGCCGCACGACCGUGCAGACCGCCUGCUCGACCUAUACGCAUCAGGCGAGCGCCGCGCCUACGGGCCGCCCUUCCUGCGCGACCGUGUGACCGUGGGGGCGGAUGCCUUUGCGCGUGGUGACUUCUCGCUGCGUAUCGACCCUCUGGAACCUGCUGAUGAGGGCACCUACUCCUGUCACCUGCACCACCACUACUGCGGGCUGCAUGAGCGCCGCGUUUUCCACCUGAAGGUCACCGAGCCCCCAGUCGUGCAGCCUAGUCCCAGGGACUCGCCAGUCAACAGGUCCAGCUAUGGCAGCGCGCCGGACUCAGACCCCACGCUGUCACGCGGUGGUAGUGUCAUCAAUGUCAUUGUCCCUGAGGGCCGCGCCCACUUCUUCCAGCAGUUGGGCUACGUGCUGGCCACGCUGCUGCUCUUCAUCCUACUGCUCAUCACUGUCGUGCUGGCUACCCGUAAGCGUCGCCACCGUGGAGGAUACGAUUACUCAGACAAGAAGUCGGGGAAGGCAAAAAGGAAAGAUGUGAACAUGGCAGAGUUGGCUCUGACCUCAGGAGACCAGGCUCUUUCCAGGGGCGAGGACAUUCAACUAGAUUACAAAAACAACAUUUUGAAGGAGAAGGCUGAACUGGCCCACAGCCCCUUGCCCGCCAAGAAUAUUGACCUAGACAAAGAGUUUAGAAAGGAGUACUGCAAAUGA